AUGAAUGGAAAAAUAGAUGUUGCUGCACUCGUGUUUCUCACAAUAAAUCAAGGCAUUGCGAACAGGUUGCAGGAGGAACAGGAGGAUGAAAAAGUAGAUGGAAAACAGUUGAUCGACCUGUUCACAGAGAAAUAUGGAUCGCAGAGAAUGUUGGAACGUUCCGUAUGCCUCCUAGAUGGCUCAUGCGUCGACAUAUUCGAUAAUAUCAAUGAAAAUGGAGAAAAAUACGUGGUUGUUCGCGAGAUUGGCACAGGACCUAUACGACUGUCUACUAUGUUGUUGAAAACACCCAAAGGCCUUACUGCAGACAAGAUGGACACAACUAAAUGGGAAAUCGACAACGUAUCCCCGAAACUGGAUAAUUACGUAACAACAAUGAUA